AUCUUGCUUCAAGCCGUAGAGCGAAUAUUAGUCGGAUCUAAGUGUUAGAAAUCUUCCGGUAUCUUCCGCCGGUAUGAACCAUCCGCGACCGUACUGAACAGGUUCACCCGUUAGUCGCGGACAAGGCGGAAGUGACGCCUUAUCCAGUUGCUGCUCGUCCGAUUAGGUCACCUCGUGAAGCGGACUCACUGCGCGGUCCCUUCGCUCUCUUCUUCCCUUCUCCCAACAAGCCCCCGUCCCCCCUUUCCGCUUCCCCGCUGUUUUCCCCCUUUCCUCUUCCCGCUUGGGGCUCACCACAGCGAGUACACGUGAACAGUUCGCGUCCGCAGGCUCGGCCCUCAAGUCACCCGCCAAACCAGCCCCCGUCGACCUUUUCGGCCCCAACGUGAUCCCGAUUUCAACUCAACCAACUAUCACCGUCCAAGCAUAAAGACUUCGCACAGGCUAUCGGAACGAGCGAUUUCAGAACGUCAGGGAAGGAAGGCACCUCCCUGAGCUACCGCCUGCCCCUGCCUUAGUCUCAUCGAUUCCGCGUCGAUUAGGGCGAAUCCCGACGUGCUUCGGUUGCUUUUCCACGCAUCUCCGCCGCUCCUUGGCCGUGAUUCCACCAGACCGAAUUUUAUGUUCGCCACGCUGUCUCUCCGUCGUCCCUACCCUCCGCGUGUAAUGAGUCUAUUUUUUUAGUCGACUCAAAAAUAGACUCAUUACACUUGGCCGUGAUUCCACCAGACCGGGUUUUAUGUUCACCACACUGUCUCUCCGUCGUCCCCUCCACCUUCCUCGCCGACGCCUUCUCCCUCCUCCGAUCCCUCCCUCUCGCCGUCCUCCCCUCCAUCCUUCCCUGCGUCCGUCCCUCCCUCCCGCUUGCCCUCCUUCCCUCCGGUGUUUGGAGUCGGCGCCUGCGCGAGCGGUCCCUCGCCACUUCCUUCCUGCCCUCCUCCCUUGCCUAUUCCGACCGUCUGUUGCGCCCGGGGCUUCUAAUGGUGUGACAGUAACGGAUGGACUCAUGCCGCAACGGAGCAUGCGAAUGCGGAUCCAUGUAAUGACGGCGCCGGGUGCUGCGGCAGCGAGUGUAACGUCGAGGGGGGUAACCAGAGGGAGGGUGACGGAUUGGCGAACAGAGGAAAGGGUGACAGCAGGGAAGGUGAUAACAGGGAGAGUGAUAGCAGGGAGAGUGGCGGUAGGGAGGGUCGCAGCAGGAAGAAAAGCGUUAUCAGCAGACAAUGCAGGGGACUCAGCAGCAGCAGCAACAGAAGCAGGAGCAGCAACAGCACAAGCAGUAGCAGCAACAGCAGUAGCAGCGGCAGCAGCGCAGCCAAGAAAACGGCGGCAGCGGAAGCCCAAGGAGGAGGAAAAGGACGCCGCAGCAGCAGCUGCCCAGUAUGCUUAUAACGCGGACGGCUCUCCGCCUGUAGUAAUCCUCCUGGACUUUGAAACCACCGGGCGCGGCGCACGGCAGAACCGCAUCGUGGAGAUGGCUCUACGGGACGUAGCGGGGGGGCAGGCGUCAGCACUGCACACCCUGGUGAACCCGUACCCGUGGCAGAUCACGCCCGGGGCACAGGAGGUGCAUGGCAUCAGCAUGCGCAUGGUCAACCAGCCGUCUGUGCCCCGGUGGCCUGCAGCAGGGCAGCUGCUGGUGGACUUUGUGGAGGCCAGGAGGGCGGUGCAGGCAGUGAGAAACGAGGUAGCGCGCGGGGAGGUGGCAGGCGGUGCAGUGCUGCUGCAGGGAAGCACGGCAGCAGGCGCAGACGGGCUUACACCCCAGGCCGUACCCAUGCCCAUCAGCCAGAACAGCAUGGCGACAAUUGCUGCGACCCACAGCAGCACAGGGAUGGGUGCAGGAAUGGACGCAGGGGUGGGCGCAGUUAUGGGCGUCGCCUCUUCUGCCAGCCUGUCUCUGGACAGCCACACGGUCUCCCUCCCCCCGGUGGUGCUGGUGGCGCACAACGGCCACGCCUUUGACUUCCCUCUGCUGCGCAACGAGCUCGAGAGAGCUGACAUCGCCAUGCCCCCCGGCUGGCUCUGCCUCGACUCCAUGCGCCUCUGCCAACGCCUCUUCAAAGGCGGCGACCGCAAGCCAGCAAGCAAGUCCCUCAGCUUCCUCUUCUCGCACCACUUCCGCUGCUCCACGCCCUUUGCCCAUCGGGACCUGGCUCACAGGGCCAUGGCUGACGUGGACAAGCUGGCCGAGGUGCUCUCUGCCAUGAUGUGGGAGCGGGGGGUCACUGUACCGGAAUUGUUGCAGUACACUAAACCAUUCUUAUAAUGAAAUGUGUAUAAUACAAACGCCAAAACCUCUGGCCAUACAGCCAUGGCAUCAAGGUGCUAGUGUAUCAC